AUUUAUCGUGGAUGAAACACUUGACUUAAAAAUUAUUGAGUAUGUCAUUCUUAAAAACGUUGCACAUUAGGCAUUUCAGCUCUUUCCAACCGUUAUAUAUUUUAAUUCAAAUGUUUCGUCUGCUGAAAAAAUUGAUUAAAUAGGUGACAGUCGGGCAAGAAUAUUUUCACAGUAGUUUCAGAUAGUUUUUUUUUCCUUUUCUCUCUUUUUUUUUUUUUUAAAUCUAGUAACUUUUCUUUAUAAUCUCUUGUAAAACGAGCUGACUUGCUCUGUUAUAAAUAGAGGGAAUUAUGCGCAAUCCUUUUGUUUAUGGGACAACCGUAAGUUUUUUUAAUGAGCUUCUUUGUAUAGCAUUUAAUAUUUCUAAUGUUAUGUCUGUUUCUGCUUUUUCCUAUCAAAUCUUACAUUUUCCUCCUAUAAAUGUAGGUGUGUAUUUAUCAUGAAUGCAUUGUUCUGGCAUUUACUUUUGUUUACAUACGGUUUGUAACUUCCUUAACGCAUUGUUUCUCCUCUCGAUUUUAUUCCUCAAGGAGUGUUUGAGUGAAGGUGUGUAAUAAAUUUAUUACAUAUAAAUUGUGCGUUUAGUUGAUUUUACAGUUACUUAUACAUAAUUAUUUCUUGAAAAUUAAUGUAUUAUCACUAUUAAUCACAUUAAAUUUAAAAUAUAUUUACACGGUCAAAUAAUAACUUAAUAUUUGCUGAGUCAAAUGAUAGUAUAAGAUGUUCUUUGCUUCGAUUCAGAUUGAUCUACAUAUUUUUCGAGAAUAUAUUUGAAAAUCAAAUUCCUAAAAUGAAAAUUCUCUGAGUGGGUUACAGGGUUGUAACCCUUGUCAGGUUUACAAUAAUCUGGUGCACAUGUACUCUCUUCUGAGAUGUCAACAAAUUGCCAAGAGCCAGUUAUCUGAAAGCUGCCAGAAUUUGAUUAAAGAGUAAGCUUCCACAAAACAUUUAAUACCCAGGAUGUUGGCUGUGAAGAAUGGACGAUAAAAGAGUAGCUGAUUACUUUGUUGUCGCUGGGCUUCCGGAUAAUCCUUCAAAAUUAGAUGAGUUUUCUCGAGAUGGAAUAAGCCCGAAAACAACACAUCCUUUAGUUCCCAUUACAGACAUAACAGUGAUAAUACGUAGCCAAGGGGAGAUUGUACCUAAAGGAUAUACUUGUAUAGAAUAUACUCCUUUUAACUUUACUGCAGAUUUAAAUCAUGGGAGCUUACGAAGUCCUAACAUAUAUUUUUGUUACAAACGAGGAAGGGAUAAGCCACCUUUGGUGGAUGUCGGUGUUCUCUAUGAUGGUAAGGAAAAAGUUAUGGCUGACAGUGAAGUGGUCCUGACCACUCCGUAUGGUCGCUCAGCCAAUGUAAAUAAUAGUGGUUCCAAAACAUUUAUUACAUAUCGCAGAGCAGCUGAAAAUGCACCUUGUAACCAACUAGUUGUCACAGAUAUAUGUGUUAUUUUAGCAAAUAAGGGAGAAAAUCCACCUCAUGCAUUUUGUAAAAUUAAUAAGAAUUUAAAUAAAGGGGUGCUCGGUUCUGAUGUUUAUUUAUGUUAUAAAAAGUCUAUGAAUAGGCCUGAUCUCCUUUGUUACAAACCAGGUAUUAUAGGAAGAUUUCCUUUGGAAGAUUAUGAGACAUUUCCCCUACCUCCAUCAGUUCCUCUCUUCUGUUUACCCAUGGGUGCAACAAUUGAAUGUUGGCCAAAAAAAGCCCAGCAUCCCAAACCUGUGUUUUCCACAUUUGUUCUAACGUCUUAUUCAGCUGAAAAAGUUUAUGGUGCGGCUGUUACAUUUUAUGAAGCUUUUCCAGAAGCCAAAUUAAAUGAUGAAAUGAAGGUACAGUUGAAUUAUGUAACAGAUGAACACAGAAAAAAUAAAUGUUUGCAAAUGAAUAAAUCCAUUUGUCUAUUAUCAAGAUGGCCCUUUUUUGAUACAUUUGAGAAGUUUCUUCGUUAUUUACAUCGAAUGUCAAUUACGGGUCCUCACAGAGUUCCUCUAGAGAGAAUAAUAUCUCAUUUCAUGUUAGAAGUUCCAUUUCCAUCAGUGCAAAGACCUAGGAUUUUAAUACAGUUAUCUGAUUACACAAUAACCCUUGCUCAGCCUGGAGAUACACAGCUGCCUCUUACGGGAGCAUCUUUUAUUCAACUUUUAAGGAAUUUAGGACCUGACAAUUGUCUUAAAAUUCUUCUGUUUGCAUUGACUGAGCAAAAAAUUUUGUUUCAUUCAUUGCGCCCUGAUGUCCUUACGAGUGUUGCUGAAGCAGUAGUCAUGCUAAUAUUUCCUUUCCAUUGGCAAUGUCCAUAUAUACCUCUGUGCCCACUUGGUCUGUCGGAUGUUUUGUGCGCACCAGUGCCAUUUUUAGUUGGUGUCGAUUCUCGAUAUUUUGACCUUUUUGAUCCACCGCAUGAUGUCACUUGUGUUGAUUUGGAUACAAAUUCUAUUUUUAUUUCUGAAGAAAAAAGAGGUCUGAAUGUGAAGCUCUUCCCCAAACGUUCUGCCAGGAUACUACGUAAUACUCUGCAGUCUUUGUAUGAAAAACUGGGAUCCGUUCGUACUAAUGCAUCUUCUUCAUUACUUUUAGCGACUAACUCUGCAUUGAUUGAUUAUGAUUUUAAAGCUAAGAAAAAAGAGCGUCAACUAGAGUUGGAAAUCCAAGAGGCAUUUUUGCGUUUCAUGUCAUCCAUUUUAAAGGGGUAUCGCUCUUUCUUGUUGCCAAUCACAACAGCUCCAACAAUUGGAACAACUGAUCCUAACUCCCUAUUUGAUUUAUCAGGUUUCCUUCGAAGUCGCGAUAAGGCAUAUAGUCGAUUUUAUUCCAUGAUGAUGAAGACUCAAAUGUUUAUUCGCUUUAUUGAGGAACGGUCAUUUGUGUCUGAUAAAGAUGCCAGCUUAGCUUUCUUUGAUGAAUGCACAGAAAAAAUAGAUUCUGCGGAGAGUAGUGAUACUAAAUUUCUUGAAAUUGAUGAGUCUCACAUGAGUGAUCGAACAGUAUUUGUGGCUCCUCCUGAGCCAGUUGGUUUGCCGCCUGGUUUAGAAUAUAGGUAUAAACAAUUUGGAACAUUAAAACCUCAACUGUUUCACAAAAAUCCGGCCAAGUCUCUUUUAAAUUUAAUUGCUCAAGCUAGUCCAAUGCCCAGUAGUCCAAUGGCUCGACGAACUAAGCAGGAAAUAAGAAGUGCUCAAAAAAUUGCAAGAAAACAUUCUGAAACUCCUGUGAUGUGGGCAAAAUGUUUGGUUGGAUAUUGCUUCAGUUUGUGGUUUAUUCAUUUGCCCUCCUUUUUAAAAACUGCAUCUUCCAAAAGCAGUGCUUUGAGGUUAGCAUUUGAUGUUCUUGUGAGAAUGCAGCGGUACAAAAUCAGCCAACCUGAUGAAGUCUGUUACAGAGUGCUGAUGUUGUUAUGUGGAUUAUAUAGUCAGCCAACUUUAGCAGUUAAAGUUUUGUUUGAAAUGAAACGUCAUGGAGUUCAACCAAAUGCCAUAACUUAUGGCUAUUAUAACAAAGCAGUACUGGAAAGCAAAUGGCCUGCAGCUGAUACAAGCAGUACUCUGAUGUGGAAUCGAUUGCGAAAUGUGAUAAUUGGAAUUGCACAGUUUCGGCAAGGGCUAAAAAACAAAGCAAGACGCUCUCUGUCUUUGUGUUCUGAAAGUGAGUUAGAUCGUAUUAGCAGGACAAGUACUGAAAGCAGCAAUCCCGAUGAUGUGACUCUUGUGAGAAUUAGUAAUCCGGCUGAAUUUGUUCCAGAUCUUAUCAAGCUGUCUGAUGAUCAAAAUAACUCAGAUGGUCUUUCAGACAGAGGGUACAGUUCAAUGAACCAUGUGGAUGGAAUAAAACCGUCUCCAGUUCUGGAGACUGUCAUUUCUGAUGAUGUUAAGAAAGAAGAGAAGUCUGACACAGAUGUCACUUCAGAAAGUGAUAAGAGAAAACAAAAUGAUAUAAAAUGUGCUGCUGCAAGAUGUUUAAAAUUCAAAGAAAUAGAUUUCUCAGCUUCUGACGACUUCAGAAGUCGUGUUGGUAGCAUAGUAAAAAGUUCAGCUACAAGUAUUGGCAGUCUUUCACAGCUACAAGACUUUACUGUUGACAGCUGUGCAGGAAUACUCAUGACCAGUAGGACUUCUUUGUUAGAUGAAAUGAAACUAAGUAGCUGGGAACCAGAAACUCGUAGACGACACAAAAGUGCUGGUGAUUGUAAUUGCCAUGCAUCCAGUUAUCAGUUACUCUCUUGCAGCAAUAACUUAAAUGACCCAACAGAUGAAAAUGAACCCAAAGUAUUUUUACGCUCAUAUAGUUUUGGCUGUGAUGCUCAGAUUAUCAAAAAAAUUCGUGCACUAAAAGAAGAUUCUGAACCUCUUGCAAAAUGGAUUGAAUCUCCUUUGAAAAAAGGUUUGUUUGAUAAAAAAAGAGAAGACAAAGAAAAGGUUUCAAAAAAUUUUGGAUUAACUCGCUGUGAUGAAGAACCUGAAAUAGAGCAAGAAGUGUCUUUAUUUCCUAUGGGUCUCAAACAAAGGCCGAAAUCACCGAAUAUUCCUGUUGAAAAGCAAAGAAAAAUAUCUCAAGAGUCAAAGCAUAGUGUAAUAUCCAGUCUUUCCUCUGAGGAUGGUUCUGCUGCAAGUACUAAUGAAGAUAAAAAUGCUAAUGAAGAAACUUCAUCUACUUCAUCUCAAGACUUUUUGUCUUCUACUUUUACACCACUAAAAGAAGCUUGGUUAAAUUUUGGUUUUUCAAAUACCGCAUUACCCCGCGUUGCUUCAAACAUUACAACCACAUUUGGUAAUGUGUAUAGGGAAUCAUUCAGAAGAAAACAGGGAAACAAGGUGUCAAGAAGUUCAACAUUUCAUAGUGGUUCCAGGAAUUCUGUUCCCAAAUUGAAACCUCGGAAAGAAAGUUUGGGUAAUUUAGAUACAAAUGAGAUUGGAAAUAUGUGUAGAUCAUCUACUCUUCCAGUGUCGCCCAGAACGGGACCUAAUUUAGAAAAUGAAAUGUCUGAAUCCCCAGGACGAGCAUUUCCUAUAAGUUCUUCUUCCUUUGGAAUAUCUCGUUUGACAAAUAAACAUUCAGAGGUUUUAUUUGAUAGUUUGAAAUCAGCUGUGACAUCUGUCUCUUCUAAACUGAAUGAAUUUAGAAGUUCCUUGUCAGCAUCAAAUACGCCAACUAGAAUUGCAAAUUCUGUAAGUAGUCAGCAUGAUAUAGAUCAGUUAGUGUUGUAUGAUGACGGAGAAUUUGGUGGAUUAUCAUCUGAUGGUCAUCGUAUUAAUAUGGACUCUCCAAAUUUUACCAGUUAUAGCGAUUCUUUAUUUGGAAUUGAACCCUGUAGCAGAGAAAGGUCCUGCAGGAAUAGUUUACCUCAUGUUGAGAAUGAAGUACUGCCACUAAGUCAUAUUGGAUAUGUUGCAAGAUAUAAUGGCAGAAAUAAUGAAAACCUGAAAUUCAAAAAGAAAAAUAAUAACGUUGAAUGUAGUAUAUUACAUGGUUAA